AUGGCUCCGGCACUCGUCUAUUUGUCUUCUGAUUACUCAAAAAUGAAUGCAAUUGACAACGUUAUUGCGAACAAUACUGAUGAUUGUGGAUGCUGCAGCGCAACGGCAAGCAACAACUGGUGGCAGAUUGACCUUGGAAAGAAAUACCUAAUUGAGGAAAUAAGGGUUUAUGGGAGGGGAUCUGCAUGCCUUUUUGGUCACUACGGAUAUGGAUGUCUACACGAAGGACAUUGUGCUUUAGAAUACGAUACGGCCAUAGGGGCGUGCUCAUCGUGCGUACCGGGAUGGGAAGGGGAUGCAUGUAACCAUGAAUGUGCCCCAGGAGAGUAUGGAAAAGGAUGCACAUUGCACUGUGGUCAUUGUCAUGAUGGAAAUUCAACAUGCAACUACAGCAACGGUCACUGUCCACAUGGGUGUGUCGCUGGAUACAAAGGAGAUUUGUGCAAAUCCCCAUGUGAUCCCGGAGAGUAUGGACCAGGGUGUAUAUUAUGUGGUCAAUGUGGUGAUGGUAACACAACGUGCAACACAGACAAUGGCUAUUGUCCACAGGGGUGUGCAUCUGGAUUCAAAGGGGAUUUGUGUAAUUUACCCUGUGCUCCUGGAGAGUUUGGACUAAACUGUUCAUCAAACUGUGGCUACUGUCAUGAUGGCAACACGACAUGCGACGCUUCGAACGGGCAUUGUCCAACCGGAUGUGCCGCUGGAUACAAAGGAGACUUCUGUAAAACCAAAUGUUUCCCCGGAGAGUAUGGACCCGGGUGUACGUCACGAUGCGGUCAAUGUAGUUAUGGGAACGCAACGUGCAACGUCUACAACGGUCAUUGUUCGAGCGGAUGUGCACCUGGAUACAGAGAAGAUAUAUGUUCAACUCCCUGUGACCCCGGGAAUUAUGGACUGGGAUGUACAUCAAACUGUGGUCAGUGUCGUGAUGGAAAUACAACGUGCAACAUUGACAACGGUCACUGUCCGAAUGGAUGUGCUUCUGGGUUCAAAGGAGAAACAUGUCAAACCCCAUGUAAAGAUGGGGCAUUCGGCAAAGACUGUAUUCAUUAUUGUGCUUUGUGCAUAAACGGAGAUUGCAACACACUAGAUGGAACAUGCCGUAGUGGAUGUAUAAGGGGUUACAUGGGACAGUUUUGCAACGAGAGUUUGUAUGAUGGUAACAUUGCUGAACAUAAAAACACAUCACAAUACAUUGAUACAAACCCCACUAAUAGAGACGUUUGGAAUGCAAAUAAUGCUGUUGAUGGCGUAAACAACUGUUCCGUCGUUAAUGGAGACUACUAUAGCUUGUCAAGUUAUAGCUCAUACCCUUGGUGGCAAGUGGACCUGGGAAAAGUUUAUAACAUCCAGGGGAUAAAGGUUUUUGGAAGAAAAGGACGAGAAGCAGACAUUCAACUUAAAGGAUUCCAAGUGCAUCUUUCGGAGACUAAAAGUGCCUUGAACAACAGCGACAAUGUGGUGACAUACGACUCAUCAGUAUAUCCAAGUGACGGUAUAUUUGAUAUACCAGUUGCAGAACGCAAGGCAAGGUUUUGUCGCCUUCAAAUAGAUGCUUCUACAGGUCAAAGCCGUCCAAUAGUUCUUUGCGAAGUGGAAGUCUACGGAACAGGUAUGAUUUUCAAGUGA